AUGCUUACCGAAAUUGCACGGAAUAUGUAUCUCAAGGCCACAGCGGAUAGAGCCCGGACAAUUAGAAGGGAAAUUGAUCGAAUCCUCAAUUUUGCAUCUCUUGAAGAGUUUGCCACUAUUGCUGCCCAGAUACCGAUACCCGAUGACCCCGAUUGGGAUCUUUUUGAACCCCCCCGGGAAAGCUCCGAUAUUGGGCGGUCGACAUGGGAUGACUCCGAGGACGUGACCACCGACCUAAACGCCGCUGGAUCACGAGCUGUAGAUCCGUUUUCUCCGAGCAACGGCAUACUCGACGAAAACAACUUGGAAGACAUACGAUCGGACAACAGUAGCCUCGCGAGGCUUGUUGAAGUGUUCAGAAUCCGCAUGAGACGAGGCAGCAACGACAGCACAGGCAGAAAAGCUUGUGACAUGCGGAUAACUGCCAGAGAUUCCAUAAAUAAUAGGAAACAGUCGAUAAACGGCCUAUUUCAAGCUAUAAAUCCAUCUGAAAACCUGACGGAGACGGUCAUGCCGACUGUUUCACCCACACCUCGAUCACACGGUUGCCCAGUGUAUCUGCGAAAGCAACGUCUCAUAGUAGAGAACGUCGACCAGUUUUCUUCCAAUAUACCAUUCAAAGACCAAACCCACAACAUCGUCGUCCACGAUCAGUUUUCAGCUAAACACCCUUCAGGCUUACCCAAGACCAACCUCAAGGAACGUUUCACUCAGCUGAGCAACGAAGCCGUUCGCGUACAGUCCUUGUUAAGGUUCCUGAAGUCUCAGGAAAGCACUCCUACCCAGAUCGGGAGGCGACGCGGUCACAAGGGUCGACUGAGGGGUCAAAAUAACAUAGCUCAUCCCUUAAAACAGAGUGUCACAAUGGAGGAAUACGAAGCAAGACCAGAUGCGAUAUUCGGAGAGAAAGGUUAUGUGAGAAUGGUCAGGUGGUAA